AUGACAGUAGUACAUGUCACUUCGUCACGUGACUUACACGAAAAGAAAACAUCUAUCUAUUACGGUCUGUUCAUUAUUUAUCUAUCUAUCGAUCGAUUGAACGCUCUAUCUACCUCUGUCUAUUCAUUUUCUAUCAAUCUCUCUGUUCAUUAUCUAUAUUUCUACCUAUCUAUCUAUCUAUCUAUCUAUCGAUCGAUCGACCGAUCGAUCGAUCGAUCGAUCGAUCGAUCUGUCUGUCUGUCUGCCUCUCUCUUAUAUUCUCCCCUUUGUAAAAAAAAAAUUAUUAAUCAAUAUUUUCUUCAUCUAUUUUAUUUCGUCAUUUUUUUAUAUUCUUUUACUGAUCCUCCUACACAUAAUCUUCUUCUACUCCUUCAUUUUUCUGAUAUCCCUCAUCUUUCUUCUUUUUUGGACAAAUUAAUCUCCUCCACCUUUUUCUUUUCCAUCUCACACCUUUUCUUUUUUAUAGUACUUAAUAUUUCCCUCGUUGUUGUUGUUGUUGUUGUUGUUGUUGUUGUUCUUCUUCUUCUUCUUCUUCUUCUUCUUCUUCUUCUUCUUAAUGCUCUUUUUUCCCAUUUCUUUCUUUCUCUUCCUUCUUCUCCUCCUCCUACUCUUGCGUUUCUAUCUUACUUUUCUUUUGCCGUCAGCCAUUACUGA